AUGACUUCCAUUUUUUGUGUUUUACGAGCCACUGUGACAGCGUUUGUCGUGCUGGCUGGAAUCAUAGUUCUGUUUUUAAUGUACCAUAAGUCAUUUCCAUCUCUAAAAUGUCAUCCUUCCCCGGCUCAUUUAAGACGGCUGGCAAAGCAGGCUAAUUUGCGAAUCACUCCUUUGGUUACAAAACAGCCGAGCAGGCCUGCAGUGACACAUCACACAGACAAGCCUGUGGUGCUGCUCUGGUUCUGGCCUGAAGACAAAAAGUUUGAUUUACAAGACUGUAAGACGCUUUUUAAAAUCGACAGUUGCCACCUCACAGAUGACAGAUCUUUUUACUCCAGAGCUCAUGGAGUUUUGGUAUUUCACAGAGCUAUCCGGGAUGACCUCUCCAACCUUCCUACCUCACCUAGAGCCAGAUUUCAGAGGUGGAUCUGGUUCAACAUGGACUCACCUACCAACACGCGCAGGAUAUCGGGUAUUAAAGGCCUUUUUAACUUAACCCUGAGCUACAGGAAGGACGCAGAUAUCCAUGUUCGGUGGCGACUGGCUCUCAAGAAGAACACAGAUGAAGAUUUUGUGCUCCCUAGGAAGGAAAGGUUGCUUUGCUGGAUUGUCGAUAGCGCUGACCUCGACACAAAAUCUACAGAGAGAUUCAGCUACUACAGAGAGCUUGUAAAACACAUCGAGGUGGAUGUUUUUAACAGCUCCUCUGUAGAGUUCUCGCAGGGUGUGAACUAUUUCCUGACUAUCAGCAGCUGCAAAUUCUACCUUUCCUUUGAGGAUUCACUCCACAGAGAUUAUAUUACAGAGACGUUCAAUGGGCCUCUUGUGGCCGGCACUGUGCCGAUAGUUUUGGGCCCACCAAGAAGAAACUACGAGGAUUUUGCCCCAGGUGCUUCCUUCAUUCAUGUAAAUGACUUUCCUGAUGCUGCGACUCUGGCUGAGUUCCUCCUGACGCUGGAUAAGGAUAAUAGGGCUUAUAUGAGGUAUUUUAAUUGGCGCCGAUUCUUUACUGCCAGACGUCAUCUUACUGAGGAGAAUCGUGAGUUUGCGCAUGCUAUCUGCCAGGCCUGUCAUCACAUAGGCACGAGCAAGGCGUACAGAGUUGUACCUGAUUUGUACAAGUGGUUAUUACAGUGA